AUGGAUACAGUUGUAAAGGGUAUGUUAGAAGAAUCCGAGGAAGAGAAGCCAGGAAUAAUGCUUUUUGGAAGAGACUUGUCAAAGAUACCUUGUUUUCGGGAAAGUUUCAUCUGUGGUAUAGCAUCAGGAGUCGGAAUGGGCUUUGCGUCCUUUAUGAAAACCUCAAAACCUUUGCUGUCACAGCAUGUUGGUUUUGGUACCUUUGCGAUGUCAACAUUAGUUUAUUGGUCAUAUUGCAGAUGGCAAUGGUCAAAGCAGAGAUUUGAUGCUCAAUUAUUACAGGAUUGCCUAAAAGAAAGAAUAAUAUAUGAGGGUACACAAGUUGAGAAAGAGUUAGAAGGAAAAGAAAUCUACCAUCCAAUCACCAAUCGGGCAAAAUGCUGGUCCAGUAAAUCGAUAUUUUCUAAUACCAGGGCAGUUGGAAAUGGGAGGUGUUAUGAGCCCCUGUGUAGGCAGCUUGUCAUUUCAGAUGUAUCUAUAAAUAAUGCUAGGCCUCAGUCGUUCGACAGCGGCCAAGAAAGUUGCGAGUGUCGUCAAGUGGAUAAUAUAUUGAAUUCUACCGUUACUGAACGCGGUGAAAACAUGUCAAAUAUAGAAGAUUUUUUGCCACCAAAAAGAACGACUACACUGGAAUUUUUCGUCAACGGUAAAAAGGUAGUAGAGCCAAAGCCAGAUCCAGAAUGGACUUUGCUUUGGUACUUGCGAAAGAAGCUCCAUCUCACUGGAACGAAGUACGGGUGUGGCGAAGGCGGCUGUGGUGCAUGCACCGUCAUGAUUUCGCAGUACAUCAAGGACGAGGAACGUAUCAAACACUAUGCAGUUAAUGCAUGCUUGAUGCCGCUGUGUGUUAUGCAAGGUAUGGCUGUAACUACCGUAGAAGGUAUUGGUUCUACCCAAGAUAAGUUACACCCAGUUCAGGAAAGAAUAGCAAACGCUCACGGCUCUCAAUGUGGCUUUUGCACUCCAGGUAUUGUUAUGUCAAUGUACGCCCUUCUGAGGACCAAAAAUAAGAUCGAUUUUAACGAUAUAGAUACGGCGUUACAGGGGAACCUAUGUAGAUGCACAGGAUAUCGGCCGAUUAUCGAAGGAUUUAGGACUUUUAUAGAGGAGUGGGAAUAUCACUAUAAUGGACAAUCAAAUGGUAUAGAAAAGACAACACCUUGCAUGAUGGGAAAGGAUUGCUGUCGUCUUAAUAAUAAGGAAAAUGGAGAAAAGGAAUUGACCCUUUAUAACAAAUCAGAAUUCACACCGUACAGCUCCAGUCAGGAACCAAUUUUUCCACCUGAAUUAAAAUUAAAUUGUACUCAUUAUACAUCAAGUCUUGCUAUUUUUAAAGGGCAUGAUACAACAUGGAUAAGGCCUAUUUCAUUAGACGAAUUACUUCUCCUCAAAAAACAAUUUCCGCACAGCAAACUUGUAGCGGGCAACACGGAAGUUGGUGUAGAAGUGAAAUUCAAGAAGAUGGUAUAUCCAAUUUUAAUAUCUCCAAUUAUAUUAAAAGAAAUGAACUUUAUACGUCCAACGAAUGAUGGCUUGGAGAUUGGAGCUGCUGCAUCUUUGACCGAUAUCAUGUCAUUCAUGUCAAGUUUUAUUAAGAAAGGCAGUAAUAAGGGCAAAACUUUUGAAGCUAUUCAAGAUAUGUUGCAUUGGUUUGCGGGUACACAAAUUCGUAAUACGGCAUCUCUCGUAGGUAAUAUUAUCACAGCAAGUCCUAUUUCUGAUUUGAAUCCUAUAUUAAUGGCAUCUUCCGCAUCAUUGGUUGUGAAGAGCUUGGAUCGUGGGGAAAGAGAGCUCAUUAUCGAUACGAAUUUCUUUAAAGGCUAUAGAAAAGUAGCUCUCAGUGAAGAUGAGGUAGUAUUAUUUGUACGAAUACCUUUUACAAGCGAAGAUCAAUAUAUUAAAGCUUACAAACAAGCCAAACGCAGGGAAGAUGAUAUAUCAAUAGUAACAGCAGCAUUUAAUGUUGAGUUUGAGAGAAAUAGCCUCAAGGUUGCAGAUGCAAAGUUAUGUUUCGGAGGAAUGGCUCCAACUACAGUAUGUGCUACACAAACAUCAGAUUUGAUAAAAGGAAAGAGCUGGGACCAAGUAUUACUCAAAACAGUAUUUGAUUCCUUAACAGAGGAAUUUAAAUUAGAUAGCUCAGUGCCAGGAGGAAUGGCUGAAUACAGAAAAUCACUUUGUCUUAGUCUCUUCUUCAGAUAUUACUUACACGUUUUACAAAUAAGGAGUGUUAAUGGAUCCAGGCCAGCCAAUUAUGAAUUAUCUGGUAGUGAAGAAAUAUCUGCCUUGGAACCAAAAAGUUCACAAUGCUUUGAAAUUAAAAAUAAUGACAAAAACAUAUAUGAUGCUGUUGGAAAACCAGUUGUACAUAUGUCGGCACUAAAACAAGCUACAGGGGAGGCAAUUUAUUGUGACGAUCUGCCGACUAUGGCGGAAGAAUUGUACUUGACUGUAGUGUUUAGCAAAGAAUCGUAUGCAAAAAUAAAAUCUAUUGAUGCAUCUCGAGCUCUGGCAAUGGACGGUGUGGUGGCCUUUUUUUCAAGAGCAGAUAUAGCAAAAGAACAUAAUAAAAUGGGUGCUGUAAUAAAAGAUGAGGAGGUCUUUGCACAAGAUAUUGUUACAAGCCGGUCAUGUGUUGUAGGAGCUAUAGUCGCUAAGACCGAGCAAAUUGCAAGAAAAGCUAAAGAAUUAGUUUCGGUAACAUAUGAAAAGCUAGAACCUGUUAUAGUAACUAUAGAAGAUGCUAUAGAACAUAAUUCAUAUUUUUCUGGAAGUUACCGACAACUUGUACACGGAAAUGUGAAUGAGGCCUUUAAAACUUCAGCCCAUUCCAAAAAUAGUUAUGUCAGGAUUGGUGCACAGGAACACUUUUACUUAGAGACUGUUUCAGCUUUUGCUGUAAGAAAGGAAGAUGAGUUAGAAAUAAUUUGUAGUUCUCAAAACCCUGCUGAAGUUGCGCUAACCAUGUCGGAAGUAUUAAAUAUACCACACAAUAAAGUUUAUGCCAAAGCUAAAAGACUCGGUGGUGGUUUUGGUGGUAAGGAGACCAGACCAUUGUUGCUUAUAGCUCCAGUAGCUUUGGCAGCUUAUCGGUUAAGGAAGCCCGUCAGAGGGGUCUUGGACAGAGACGAAGACAUGCAAGGUUCAGGCUACAGGCAUCCAUGUUUAAUCAAAUAUAAAGUAGCUUUCGACAACACUGGAAAAAUUAACGGCGCUAUAUUCGAUGUUUAUGCGAAUGGAGGAAAUUAUACCGAUAUAUCUAAUUCUAUGCUGGAAAGACUGAUGACACAUCUUGAUAAUUGUUGCAUAAUUCCAAACGUAGAAAUCAAUUUAAAUCUUUGUAAGACUAAUACCCCAUCGAAUACAGCAUUUAGAGGAUUCGGUGCACCCCAAGCAAUGUUUGCUACCGAAAACAUGCUCAGGGAUGUAGCGUCCGCUUUAAAUAAGAGUUAUGAAGAUGUUUUUGAAAUAAACAUGUACCGAGAGAAGGAUACGACUUAUUAUGACCAAGAACUGAUACACUGUACAAUACCACGGUGUUGGUCUGAAUGUAUUGAAUCAUCAAACUAUUGGCAGAGAAAAAAAGACGUGGAGGAGUUUAACAGAUUAAAUCGCUGGAAAAAGAAAGGCAUAACCGUGGUUCCAACAAAAUAUGGAAUAUCAUUUCAAAUUGAUGUGUUAAUGCAGGGAGGCGCUUUAAUCUUGGUAUACACAGAUGGAUCCGUACUUUUGUCUAUUGGCGGAGUUGAAAUGGGGCAAGGACUUUUUACGAAAAUGAUUCAAGUAGCAUCACGCGUUCUGGAAAUUGAUGUAUCCAAAAUUUACAUCAGCGAAAUGGCAACUGAUAAAGUCCCCAAUAGUUCUCCCACAGCAGCCAGUGUUAGUUCUGAUUUAUAUGGUAUGGCUGUAUUAAAUGCAUGUACAACAAUUAAGGAGCGUUUGGAGCCAAUCAGGGCAAAAAAUCCUAAUGGGAAGUGGGAAGAUUGGGUCGCAACUGCGUAUGUAGAGCGAGUUAGUCUAUCAGCGACCGGAUUCUAUGCAGCUCCAAAAAUAGACUUUAACCGAGAUACAAACUCAGGAAGGCUAUUUGAAUAUUACACGUUUGGCGUUGCAUGUUCCGAGGUAAUAAUCGACUGUUUAACGGGAGACCACCAAGUUCUUCGUACUGACAUAGUUAUGGACCUAGGGGAAAGUCUUAAUCCAGCGAUUGAUAUUGGUCAAAUAGAAGGUGGAUUUAUGCAAGGAUAUGGUCUGUUUACAAUGGAAGAAAUGCUGUAUUCACCGACUGGCGAAAUCUUAUCCCGAGGGCCAGGGGCUUACAAGAUACCUGGUUUCUCGGAUAUACCGAAAGAAUUUAAUGUUUCUUUGUUGAAGGGGGCUCCAAAUCCACGAGCUGUUUACUCGUCAAAGGCAGUUGGUGAGCCCCCACUAUUCCUAGCAGCUUCGGUUUUCUUUGCCAUCAAAGAAGCUAUAAGGGCAGCUCGCUUGGAUGCUGGCGUCAACCCUGACUUCGUGCUGGAAGCACCAGCAACGUGCGCCCGCAUCAGAAUGGCUUGCGAAGACCAUAUUACAAAACAGGUUAUACCAACGAUAAAAAAUGUCGGUCGGCCCUGGAAUGUAACUCCGUAA